CAAUACGGCCUAGUUUUAAAAUCGCCAGCGCGCAGAGAAAACGCAGUUUGCCGGCCUGCCAAAAGAGCCGGACUGCGGCCACCUGUCUGAGACUCCUUCCGCAUUUUCCUGCGGCUCCGAGGCAGUGACGUGCGCCUCUGAAGGCGGUGUAAUCUCCGGCGGAGCUGGAGGCUGCAGCGCCGCGGAGCGCAUCAGACUCGGCCCCUCCCCUCCGCGCUCCGCGGCGGCCCGCCCUGCUCACACAAGAGCCCCGUCUGCUCUCUGCCCGAGUCUGGGGGUGGGAGAAGGAAACCCGUACGGCCUUGGAAACGAAACAAAAAAAAAACACAAAAGGUCUUAUAUUAUGCUGAUGACCGGCGGAGACAAUGGAUGAAGAUGUAACGGCUCUCUCUCUCCAUUCCCAUGAGCCCAAGAUCAUAUUCCAUGAGACAGAGUGCGAUGGAGAAGAAGACGAGGUGGUGGUAGAACUGCAGGAGUCGGUUCUCGUUUCUGACGUGGAGGGUGAGAAGAUUGUGGUGCACGGCCUUGCCCAUGAGGAGCUGGUCAUCCAGGAAGCUAUCGAGGAUGUGGUGGCGGAGUACGUGCCAUGCACAGAUGAAGACGAAGAGCUUGGCACCAUUGCUGUGGAGACCUGUGUGAUGUCUCCCGAUGAUGUGGCUCUGGAGGAGGAAGGACUGCAGGUUGAUGUGGUGACUGACGCUCAGGUACAGGAGGAUCCUGACACCUGUGGAGACUACCUCAUGAUCUCUUUGGAUGAGACUGGAAAGGUGGUUUCUGAUGAGGAUGCUAAAGUUACUAUUGAGGGCACUUUAGAAGACCCGGAGGAUGUGGAGAAGGAUGAUGAGGGUCAAGAGGUCAUCAAAGUGUACAUCAUCAAGGCUCACCCAGAGGAGGAAGACUUGGGAGGCACUGUUGACAUAGGAGACACUGAGCUUGAUGUAGAUGAAACCGUGGAGCUGGUGGAUCCCUCUGGAAUGCCGAUAAGAGAAAAGAUGGUGUACAUGUCUAUGGGUGAAGCCAGUCAAAACCAGGAUGACAUCAAUGUGGCUAAAAUCACAGAUGAGGUCUACAUGGAAGUGGUGGUGGGGGGUGAGGACCCUGGAAAUGCUCAGCGGACACUUGACAAUGCAUCGCUCAGCAAAGACUUCAUGCCUGUGGCUUGGGCAGCUGCUUACAGUGGGGAGGAGAGUGAAAGCUGUGAGAACAGGAAUGGAGCAGCAAGUGCUUUACUGCACGUUGAUGAGUCUGAUAUGAUCGAAAGACUCGGUCGUCAGCGAAGCAAGAACAAGAGCAAAAAACGCUCUGAACUUCGCCACGUUCAGACAGCAAUCAUUAUUGGACCCUACGGCCAGCCUCUUACAGUGUACCCUUGUAUGCUAUGUGGGAAGAAGUUCAAGUCGCGUGGUUUCCUCAAGCGCCACACCAAGAAUCACCAUCAGGAUGCCGUAAACCGAAAGAAAUAUCAGUGCACGGACUGCGAUUUCACCACUAACAAAAAAGCCAGUCUCCACAACCACAUGGAGAUCCACACCCUCAGCAGUAAAGCCCCAUUUGAGUGUGAAGUCUGCGGAAAAGAGUUUCACCAGCAGGCGGCGCUGUUCUCCCACCGUCUGCAGCACCACCACCGAGAAUCCAAGCUUCAGAUCCCGCCAUCCACCACCAAAAUGCACAAAUGCAAGUUCUGCGAAUAUGAGACGGCAGAACAAGGACUUCUAAACCGACACCUUCUCGCCGUUCACAGCAAGAAUUUCCCGCAUAUCUGCGUGGAGUGUGGGAAGGGUUUCCGGCAUCCUUCAGAGCUGAAAAAACACAUGAGAACCCACACCGGCGAAAAACCGUACUCCUGCCUUUACUGUGACUACAAAUCAGCCGACUCAUCCAACUUAAAGACGCACAUUAAGACCAAGCAUAGCAAAGAGAUGCCCUACAAGUGUGACCGCUGUUUCCAGACGUUUGCCGAACCUGACGAGCUGUUCCAACACGCACUGACACACGAGGAGGCCAAAACACACCAGUGCACCCACUGUGACCAUAAAAGCUCCAAUUCCAGUGACCUGAAGCGCCACAUCAUUUCAGUUCACACCAAAGACUAUCCACAUAAAUGUGAAGUCUGUGGAAAAGGCUUCCACCGGCCAUCCGAGCUCAAAAAGCACUCGGCCGCUCAUAAGGCCAAGAAGUUACACCAGUGCAGGCAUUGCAAUUUCAAAAUCGCUGAUCCGUUUGUUCUCAGUCGGCAUAUUUUGUCAGUGCACACCAAGGAGCAGCAGGCGUUUCCUGACAAAAAGGGUCUUAAGAAGACGUUUGGACUCGGUGCUCAUGGAGGUAAGAGAAUUUUGGGCAGUGCCAGUUUGUCCAAGGGCCACCGGGAGCGCCGGGUGUACCAGUGCCAGUAUUGCGACUACAGCACGGGCGACGCAUCUGGUUUCAAGAGGCAUGUGAUCUCCAUUCACACCAAAGACUAUCCUCACCGAUGUGACUUCUGCUCGAAAGGCUUCCGCAGACCGUCAGAGAAGAAUCAGCAUAUAAUGCGGCAUCAUAAAGACCUAAUGCCUACCAUGUGACCUUUGCAAUCAGAAACCCAUUAAGGAAAGCUCUGUUUCGGUGUAGCUGUAGUCUUCAGGCCCGUUGGAAAGCCAACAGUAAGUGUAAGAAAAUAGAGAGAAAAGCAACCAUCUAAUGUGUCCAGUUGCAAGUUACACUGCUCGUCAAUGUUCUGAAGACACAUUUUUUUUUAAAAGUUUAAUUAACCAUGCUUGAUCAGCUGACCAGCUUUAGAUUAAUGCGAAAAUAGAUAAACUUGCAUACUAAUCCAUCAAGGGUGGAUGACAUACAUGCCGUGAAGUUUUGUGUUGGAGCGUCUGGUUAUGAAUUUGAAUUAUGACUCCUUUAUUGCAUGUUACACAAAACAUGUUUGAACCGCUUUGGUGAUUGUUGCGUGUUUGUGCACAUGCGUUGACAAGUACAAAUGUUUUGGGAAUAGCCUUGAAGACGUCCGUUGUCAUUAAACUACGGUGCUAAUGCUUUAUCGACCAGCUUCAGAUGGGCAGAAUGUUUAAUUAAAGUGAACUGAAAAAUGCCAUGGCCGCUAAAAAUUAGUUUUAAUUUGAGGAAAAAUAAAAUAAAAAUUGCUGUUCAGACCAGAUAUAGGCUUUUGGGAAACCCUUCUUUUAUUUUGGUUCUCUGAAUAAAAUGCAUCAACAACAUUGGUGCAUUAAUUUACUAAUAACAGCAGUUAUUUAAUAAAGAAAAUCAGUUUAAUGUAGGACACGGUUUCUUGGUAACAUUUCCAAUAAAAAUCAUAUUGCAAAUAGUACUCGACUCUCAAGAGAUCUUGAGGUUUAAUCAAAGUGUGCAGACAUUAAAUCAGGCCGAAUGGCUGGUUAAUCUAAAUUUAUUUUAAUUUAGACGCUAGUAUGUUUGUGUAUAUCUUGAAUGUGGCCGUUCGGCUUUUGGUCUGUUUGUUGUAAAACUCACCCUUGAAUUAUUACUAUUAUUAUUAUUAUUAUUAUUAUUAUCAAGACAUUUAGGGUAAAUUUUAUUUUUUACACAGAUACUGAAAAUGUAUAAUUUGGAAUAAAGAGAUUCUAAAAAAAAAAAUGUUAUGUUAUGUGUAUAUGAAAUAUUUGUAAAUACAGAAGUAAUAAACAGUAUUUUGUGUCCAA